CAUGUCUGUCUUUGUUUUUUUUUUUUUCCUUCCCUUCUCUUUCUUCUCCACUGAGUUUCUUGCUUGCUCUUCCAACUCUCAAAAAACAAGCACCCACAAACAUUGCUAUUAAUAUAUUUUCUUUAAAGAAAAAGAAUCAGCAGAACAAGUGCUAGUGAUUACAUGUAAAAGCUGACCCUGUUAUGCUUUUCAAUUGGUAAGUACAACCAUAUAAUCAAUCUUGUUUCUUUUGGUUGUUUAUGGUUCUUUUUUUGUUUCCAUUGAGAGAGGGAGUGGGAACAGAGGGAGUUGACAAUGUUUAGGUAGUGGCUUUUUGUUCUCCUUCCGUCCUUUUACCUUCUUUUUUUUCUUUUCUUUAUUAUGCUGAUUAAUUGUGACAAUUAUUUGAGAGACCAGAGGCUGUGACUGGUUGCCUCAGAUCCAGGGAACUGUCAAAGUAAUAUGCAAAAAAGGGACCAUCUUUGUUAGGGUUUUCCUGUGAUUCCUUUGGGAGUUUAGCUUUCUGGGUGUUCUUUCUCAUGACCCCAUGUAUUUCUCUUUCUUUCUUGUGUUAAAAGAUAAGGAGUUAGUUCCAAGUAUUUAUUUUUGAUUUAUUUUGUCUUAUAUUUUAUGGAUUUGAAGUUAUUUUGUGGCUCACUGUAGUUGAUGGAAGUAAGUAGAGAAGAUUCCAGAUUGUAGUUUCCUCUAAUUGGAAGUUUGAAUCCACUGUUGUUGACCAGAUCUGACUGUUCAUAUCCCUUUCACAACCUUUUCAGUCGCCUAUGCCUUGCAUCUCAUGAUUCUGCUUCCUCUUCUGCGUGUGUGAUUUUAGAGGCCUUCGAGGGUAACUUUUUCUACUGCCCAGAUAAGGCUUUUGAUGGAGGAGAUGCCUCCUGCGGUCGCAGUGCCAUUUAGAAUAAGUAAUUCAGUCUGUGAUAAUCCAUCCUUAGCUAACCAUAUGGAUAUCACAAGACUUAAGCUGAUGGCAAACACGAGCGGGUUGUUAUCUGGUUCUGUAACUGAGGUUUCUUCUGCUGGGGAUGAAGAUGGUAUUUGUGAUUUAGAUAAUGGAGUUACUGAUUCUGCUGAGACUGUGUUGGAAGAGGAGAGGGAAGGGGAAGAACCUUUGUUGGAUAUGAUCUCUGAAAACAAAAGCAAUUGGGUUGCUAGUGCACAUGUGAUAAUCCGGGAAAGUGAGGAUGAUGAUUCCUUAUCAUUGGAGGCUGAUCAGAUUCUUGAGAGCUCUUGCUCCCUUUCGGUGGCAAGUGACACAAGCAGCUUAUGUGGAGAGGAUUUCUUGACAUUUGAUGCUAGUUCUGAGGUUGGAAUGCCUAGUUCCAUUGAAAUUGAAAAGAGCGUUUGCAGUGUCGAUAUAAUCACAAAGGCCAAUAGUGUUCGUGCUUCAAAUUGUGAGGCAGAUAUUGUGAGUGAUUCCCUUGCUGUGGGAGUAAGCCUUGGAGAAGAUGUUGGAGAUGGGCCUGAUCCAAAGCCAUCUGCAGUUGCUCUUCAAUUGUCCCUGGAGAGACAGGCGAGUGGCACAAUUGGACGCAGUGUUUUUGAAGUUGAGUAUGUUCCACUUUGGGGAUUCACAUCCCUAUGUGGAAGAAGGCCUGAGAUGGAAGAUGCAGUUGCGACUAUGCCUCAAUUUAUGAAAAUUCCUAUCCAAAUGCUAAUUGGUGAUCGCAUAAUUGAUGGCAUGAGUACGCUCUUGACUCAGCAGACUGCUCAUUUCUUUGGAGUAUAUGAUGGUCAUGGUGGCUCUCAGGUUGCAAACUAUUGUCGUGAUCGCGUCCAUUCUGCCUUGGCUGAGGAGAUAGAGUUUGUUAAGCAAUCCCUAAAUGAUGGGAGCACGAAGGUUAGUUGCCAAGAGCAAUGGAGAAAAGCAUUCACCAAUUGUUUUGUUAAGGUAGAUGCUGAAGUGGGAGGAAAAGCCAAUAAUGAACCUGUUGCCCCGGAGACUGUGGGGUCAACUGCUGUUGUUGCCAUCGUCAGUUCAUCUCAUAUAAUUGUAGCAAACUGUGGAGAUUCAAGAGCUGUUCUAUGUCGUGGAAAAGAACCAAUGGCAUUGUCAGUGGAUCAUAAACCAAAUCGAGAAGAUGAAUAUGCUAGAAUUGAAGCCGCUGGAGGCAAGGUUAUACAAUGGAACGGGCAUCGUGUUUUUGGUGUUCUUGCCAUGUCAAGGUCUAUUGGUGAUAGAUAUUUGAAACCAUGGAUUAUUCCAGAUCCAGAAAUCACAUUUAUUGCUCGGGCAAAAGAUGAUGAGUGCCUCAUUCUGGCCAGUGAUGGUUUGUGGGAUGUGAUGACAAAUGAAGAGGCGUGUGACCUGGCUCGCAAACGAAUACUAGUCUGGCACAAAAAGAACGGAGUUACACUUCCCCGCAAAAUGGGCGAUGGGAUCGAUCCUGCUGCUCAAGCAGCAGCAGAGUAUCUAUCAAACCGCGCUCUUCAAAAAGGAAGCAAGGACAACAUCACUGUGAUUGUGGUGGAUCUGAAACUUCAGAGAAAAUUGAAGACCAAAACAUGAUAAUUUCUUCAACUGCGGGUUCAUGUGAUCCAAUUUAGUAAUGCCCAUCUUAUUUUUGCACCUGGGCUCGUGGCUAAAUGAAAAUAGUAGUAUGUAUUUAUUAUAGAACAGGAAUCAUUCAAGUACCUUUUUUUUCUGUGUUUGUUUUUAUAAGCCAUGCAGUGUUAUGGCCUGGCCGUGUAAAUCUUCUGUGUUUGUUUUAGGAAUAGGAGAUCCCGACAGUUCCCUGCAUUUGGUGAUAUAUGCCAAUUGUAUUCGAUGUACCCUCCCGAGUGAAGAGGCUCUGCGAGGUGCGUACUUCCAACUAUAAAUGUAAUGUGUUGGCAGAUUUAAUGGAU